UUUUCUCAUGGAUCUCUUACAGUGAUACCUAUCCCAAAUCCCGUAUGCCUCGAGCCCUGAGCUACCCUGAUAACCAUCAAGAGUUCCCUGAGUAUGACAUACCAGUGUUUGAAAAAACAGCGAAGGGAGGAACCUAUCCUAGGCGAUAUCCCAUCUCGUUUGGUCUGCACGACUACAGCGAUGGACGAAAGACCUUUCCCAGGGCGCGGCGGACACAAGCUCAUGGAUUUCGUUCUCCAGUAAGUUUCAGUCCAACUGAGCAGCAGAGCCCCAGCACUAGCAGUGGAAGCAGCAUCUUCACUCCUGAGCUAGAGGAACCGGGGCGCAGACGCCGUGGCAGCGACAUAGAGCCCAGCUCUAACCCCACUCUCUCAGUCAUGGACAUCAGCCCUCCAAGCCGCUCCCCUCGGGCUCCCACAAACUGGCGUCUAGGGAAGCUUUUGGGGCAAGGAGCGUUCGGGCGAGUGUUUCUAUGCUACGAUGCAGACACUGGCAGAGAACUGGCUGUUAAACAGGUGCAGUUUGAUCCGGAUAGCCCAGAAACCAGCAAGGAGGUGAGUGCUCUGGAGUGUGAGAUUCAACUGCUGAAAAAUCUAUUCCAUGAGCGCAUUGUUCAGUACUACGGCUGCUUGCGGGACACGCAUGAAAGAACUCUUUCUAUCUUUAUGGAGUACAUGCCUGGGCUGUUUCAGUGUAAGAACACGUCCUGUGUGAACACUGCAACUGUAGCAGCAUACACGGUAGGCUCUCCUACGGAGAGGAACUUCAUCUAUAGUGUUGAUGCAGUGCUUGAUUACAGAAGAGUGUCUACCUCAUUUGUGCAAACCAUAGGCCAUUCACUCAUCAACUUCUCUAAGUGA